CCCGCCGCUUCCAUCUUGGAGGAGCCCGAGCCCGAGCCCGCCGGCGACCAUGGGCAGCGUGCUGGGCCUCUGCUCCAUGGCGAGCUGGAUUCCAUGCUUGUGUGGAAGUGCCCCAUGCCUGCUUUGCCGAUGCUGCCCCAGUGGAAACAACUCCACCAUAACUCGACUGAUUUAUGCCUUCUUCUUACUUCUUGGCGUGAGCGUUGCCUGUGUGAUGCUAAUACCAGGCAUGGAAGAGCAGCUGAAGAAGAUUCCUGGAUUUUGUGAUGGAGGGUUGGGCACAAGCAUUCCUGGUGUGCAGGGCCAUGUGAAUUGUGAUGUCCUGGUUGGCUACAAGGCUGUGUACCGCGUGUGCUUUGGCAUGGCCAUGUUCUUCCUUCUCUUCUCCUUGCUGAUGAUCAAAGUGAAGAGCAGCAACGACCCCAGAGCUGCAGUGCACAAUGGAUUCUGGUUCUUUAAAUUUGCGACAGCACUUGCAAUUAGUGUUGGAGCUUUCUUCAUACCUGAGGGACCAUUUACAACUGUGUGGUUUUAUGUAGGUAUGGCUGGGGCAUUCUGCUUUAUUCUUAUUCAGCUGGUCUUGCUUAUUGACUUUGCCCAUUCCUGGAAUGAAUCUUGGGUUGAAAAAAUGGAGGAAGGAAACUCAAGAUGCUGGUAUGCAGCUCUGCUCUCUGCUACAGCUGUCAACUAUCUGCUGUCUCUAGUAGCUAUUGUCUUGUUUUAUGUUUAUUACACUCAUCCAGAAGGUUGUUCUGAAAACAAGACAUUCAUCAGUGUUAAUAUGCUCCUGUGCAUUGGUGCUUCUGUAAUGUCAAUUCUGCCAAGGAUUCAGGAAUCCCAGCCAAGAUCUGGUUUGCUGCAGUCUUCGGUCAUCACAAUUUACACAAUGUAUUUGACUUGGUCAGCUAUGACCAAUGAGCCAGACAGGCGCUGUAAUCCCAGUCUGCUGAGCAUCAUUGGUUACAACAGCACUACCAUUCCAACCCAAGGUCAGGUAGUGCAGUGGUGGGAUGCACAAGGAAUUGUAGGACUGGUUUUGUUUUUGCUGUGUGUUCUCUAUUCAAGCAUCCGGACAUCCAACAACAGCCAAGUUAACAAGCUGAUGCUGACCAGUGAUGAAUCAACACUGAUAGAGGAUGGAAUGCCCAGGAGUGAUGGCUCCCUUGAUGAUGGAGAUGAUGUUCACCGAGCUAUAGAUAACGAGAGGGAUGGAGUUACUUAUAGUUACUCCUUCUUCCACUUCAUGCUUUUCCUGGCAUCGCUGUAUAUCAUGAUGACACUUACCAACUGGUACAGUCCGGAUUCUUCUUACGAGACAAUGACCAGCAAGUGGCCGUCCGUGUGGGUGAAGAUCUCUUCCAGCUGGAUUGGCAUCGUGCUGUACGUGUGGACUCUGGUGGCUCCGCUGGUUCUCACCAACCGCGACUUUGACUGAGCUGUGCUGCUCUGGAGGGAGGCUGUGUUAGCGCCACGUGGCCCUGAAACAAACAGUAUUCCGGGUAAUAGCGCGGGUGUAAAUACGUGUGUGUGUGUGUGUGUGCUGUCCAGGUAGUAUUCCCUGCUUUAUCCUGCAUGAUUACCUUGAAUCAUGUCUUGUCAUUUCAUUAAAUGACUUUUUCUAGCUGAGCUCAAAUAACGGUGGUUUUCAUAGGAUUACUCCUAGUUUGAGUGCUUUGGGAGCACGAGAUGUAAGAUCAAGAACUUUUCAAAGUAUGUUUUUUUCCCCUCAAUUGCAUUAAAUAGUUGUAGGAAAAAAGUGCAAGUGUUAAUUAGGGUAACUAAGCAGUGCUCCGUCAGGCUUUGCAAGUAAAGGAGGGGCUGCCUUUGAUGAUCCCUGUUGCCUUGAUUCCAAAGUAAGCCUUGAGUAAGUGUUGUUAGACUCAAAGUGGAGCACGCUGGGGUUUACUGGACAUCUUGCAGCACUUCGGCACUAACAGCCUGAUCUUUCCCAUGCUGAGGGCAGCAGUACUUUCAGCACAGAUGUGAGAGGGGGAAACUUGCACCUGGAGCUGCAGAGGAGCCAGUCCAGUGCGUCCCAUUGCACACAGGAGGACAGGCACCCUGGGGAGAAUUAUCCUGGUAUCAGAUGCUCAGAAGCAUGUUUUUAAGGCACCUGUUUACAAUGUGCAUCUAGGUAUUAUUAUUGUUUUUUAAAGUAGUUUAAAUGGCAUAGCCGUGCUGUAAUUUAUUGCUGUUUUGUGUGCCACUUUCUUCUUGGCUAAGCUACAAUCAUGGAGUUUGCAAGGAGCUGAGUGGUGAAAGUUGUGUAAGCCCUUUGGAGGAAUUGAGUAUUGUGAUAAAAAAAGUGGAGAGAAAGGAGCACUGAAAU